UUAAUAUUACUACUGUCAUCGGCAUUUGACAAUUUGUCCAUCUACUUCAAUUACUUAUAUGUAUUUUAUUAAAAUGCAAAGGAUUUGAUCUGCUUACUUUUAUCUAGAAAUUGUAAUUUUAAAAAUAAAAAUGGAAGUAAUAGUUGCAAAUGUUGAUCAUAUCAAAUUUGAUAUAGAUUAUGCGUUAGAAGAACAAUAUGGAGCUCUUCCUUUACCUUUCCCGGGAAUGGACAAGUCAACAGCUGCAGUCUGUGAAUUCUUUAGCCAGCCUGGAGGCUGUGGUAAUGGCCCGCAAUGUCCUUACAGACACGUGCGAGGUGAUCGCACAGUGGUAUGCAAACAUUGGCUCAGAGGUCUGUGCAAAAAGGGUGACCAAUGUGAAUUUCUACAUGAAUAUGAUAUGUCAAAGAUGCCUGAGUGUUACUUCUAUGCUAGAUUUAAUGCAUGUCACAAUAAGGAGUGCCCAUUCUUACAUAUAGACCCUGAGAGUAAAAUUAAAGACUGUCCAUGGUACGAUCGUGGAUUCUGUAGACACGGGCCGCACUGUCGCCACCGGCAUGUGAGACGUGUACUCUGUAUGAAUUAUCUAGCUGGCUUGUGUCCAGAUGGGCCCAACUGCAAGUACAUGCAUCCACGUUUUGAACUGCCCGCACCCCCUGAACAGACAAAGGAUGCAAAACGUUUGCCAAUGUGUCACUACUGCUUUGAAGUUGGCCAUAAGGCUUCAUCUUGUAAUAAAAUACCUCCAGAACAAAGAGAAGCAGCUCAAAGACAAGAAGAAGCAAGAUUCCGUGCUCUUGGUUAUGUAAAACCUGUUAGCGAAAAUGAGGAACCCAAUAGAGGCCUCCAGAGGAUGAUGCAUAAACCCCUUGAAGAAGUAACAUGUUUUAAGUGUGGAACAAAAGGACAUUAUGCCAAUAAAUGUCCCAAAGGUCACCUAGCCUUUCUGUCCAGUCAAGCCAAUCAGAAUAAUCAAAAUAAUUUUAAAAAGCCGAACUAGUGUAAAUAUGUGAAGCCAUAUGAAAUCUAAAGGCUUCGAAACUGGUAUGUGAUUAUGAACCAUGAUAAAUAUGUAGCUGGGAAUAACAGUAAUAUUUCAAACCAGUUGAUUUUAAGUAAAUGUUUUGUAUUUACUUAUAACUAUUGAAUUAAUUGAUUACUUGUUUGGAAAUACUAAGUAAAAAAAGAAAAUAUUUUACAAAAUAAACUCUUCAAAUAAUA